AAAGCAGAAUCAGGCCCGUCCCCCCCCCUCCUGUUCAGGAGUCUCCGGUGGGGAUUUUGCACUAGACUGGCAGCAUUAUUCCCCGCCGAGCAGCGUGUCUGCCUGUGCCUCUGCACUGAAUCACCUCAAUUACAGGAUUUGCUGGAAGUCGAGUUUGGGAGAGACGACGGUGAGCCCGGCCCUCUGGACGCGGUGACAAAGCCCCAGGGAGGGGCCGAGGCAGCGCAGAGACGGGUAUAAAGAUGCAGCGGGUUCAGCAAGGAGCCAGAUGCCAACAACAGGUGCUUGGAAGGCAGCAUCGCUUCCCUCUGCGCCCGCCACGAUGCCAGAAGCCUCCCUCCCCGUGUACUUCCUCUGCCUCCUCGCCUUGUCCUCAGCCUGCUACAUCCAGAACUGCCCUCGAGGAGGGAAGCGAGCCUUCCCCGACACAGAGAUCAGACAGUGCAUGCCCUGUGGCCCUGGGAACAGAGGGAACUGCUUUGGCCCCAACAUCUGCUGCGGGGAGGAGCUGGGCUGCUACGUGGGCACUGCUGAGACCCUGCGCUGCGUGGAGGAGAACUACCUCCCGUCCCCGUGCGAGACUGGGGGCAAAGCCUGCGGCGCAGGGGGCAGGUGUGCUGCACCCGGGAUCUGCUGCAGUGACGACAGCUGCGCCAUGGAUCCCGUCUGCCUGGACGAAGACGGCGACAAAAAUCGGCAGCUCUCAGAGAAGAACCUGACCCUCCUGGACGGCUCGGCCGGCGACCUCCUGCUCAAGCUGAUGCACCUGGCCAACCGGCAGCAGCAGGGCAAGCACCAGGUCUACUGAAGGGAGGGUGGCGACGUCGCGAAGCAUUCACACAGCCAAGGGGGCGCGUCGGGUCCGCAGCCCCCCAAGGGGGGCAGGGGCACAAGCCCUUGAGGUCCUUGUAAAUACACGGCCAAUAAAUAUUUUACUGCACUGCGCUCGUCUGCUCUGUGCUGUGACGUUUGCCCUGGAGGCCUGGGCCGCGGGAGUCCAAUUCACCUGGGGUCCUGCAAGCUGGCUUUGAAAAGCAGGGUGUAAACCCCGCCCCGGGAAACCGACUGCUGAGCGGCCUGGACGGGAGGCCGGUUGCUCUGCAGCCAGCGCAGCCCCCAGACUCGUUAGCGCUCGGCCUCCCAGCCUCGCUCAGCUGGGGGCCCACAGAGCCCCUGUGCCAUCCCCACGCAGACCCCCAAAGAGUUGCCACGUCCCUCUGCUUUAAACGGC